CCGGGGACCACCCUGGCCCCCCUCGGAGCGCAGGCAGAGAUUUUCCUGUCGAUUUCCUUCUCUCGCACCUCUCCCCUUUGUCGACAUGAUUCGCGCCUUCGCCCAGAUUCGCAGCCUCCGCCCUAUGGUGGCCGGCCGCGCCCUCUAUUCCAGCGCCGCCGCCCCGGCCACCAGCCAGUACCCCGGUGCCAUUGGCUCCCCCUACACCAAGGACCUGGCCUUCGUCGAUGGCAACGCCCCCCUGCCCACCUACCGCGUGAUGGACCGCGCUGGUAAGAUCCUUGAUGAGGCCCAGAUCCCGGCCGAGCUGGCCGGCGAGAACCUCGUUUCCGUCUACAAGCAGAUGGUCCAGCUGAACAUGAUGGACAAGAUCCUCUACGACGCCCAGCGCCAGGGCCGUAUCUCCUUCUACAUGACCAACUACGGUGAGGAGGCCUCGCACUUCGGCUCGGCCGCCGCCCUGACCCUCGAUGACCACAUCUUCUCGCAGUACCGCGAGGCUGGUGUGCUCAUGCACCGUGGCUUCACCCUGGACGACUUCAUGAACCAGUGCUACUCCAAUGCCCUGGACCCGGGCAAGGGUCGCCAGAUGCCGGUUCACUAUGGCUCUCGCGCUCUCAACUUCCAGACCAUCUCCUCGCCCCUGGCCACCCAGCUGCCCCAGGCUGCUGGUGCUGCCUACGCCCUGAAGCGUGCCGGCAAGGAGUCCGUCGUCAUGUGCUACUUCGGUGAGGGUGCCGCCUCCGAGGGUGAUUUCCAUGCCGCUCUCAACGUCGCUUCCACCACCAACUGCCCGGUCAUUUUCUUCUGCCGCAACAACGGCUUCGCCAUUUCCACCCCCUCCUCCGAGCAGUACAAGGGUGACGGUAUCGGUGGCCGUGGCCCUGCUUAUGGCAUCCACACCAUCCGUGUCGAUGGUAAUGACAUCUUCGCCGUCUUCAACGCCACCAAGGAGGCCCGUCGCCUGGCCCUCGAGAAGAACCGCCCGGUCGUCAUCGAGGCCAUGACCUACCGCGCUGGCCACCAUUCUACUUCCGAUGACUCCUCGGCCUACCGCCCCCGUGAGGAGGUCGCCGACUGGCAGACCAAGGACAACCCCAUCACCCGUGUCCGUGGCUACCUUGAGUCCAUGAACCUGUGGAACGACGAGCUCGAGGUCGAGCACCAGAAGGAGACCCGUGCCAAGAUUGUGGACUCCUUCGCUCGCGCCGAGAAGCAGCCCAAGCCCCCCAUCGCCGAGCUGUUCACCGACGUCUACGACGAGCCGACCCCCCUGCUCAAGGCCCAGCAGAAGGAGAUGCUGGAGAUGCUGGCCAAGUACCCGAACGCCUAUCCCGUCGGCAACUACGCCACUGAGCUCCCUGACAACCGCCACAACGCCGUCGACAAGAAGUUCAUCUAAGCGUCCGUGCUGCAUGCCCGCCAAAAGAUAUGCGUGUGCGUGUGCGUGGUGGGUGGUGUGGAGAAAGGUGUCGAUGCGCGCGUGCGCGCGCCUGUGCAUGUGCCGCCCUUGUCUGUGUCCCUGUCUCUUUCCCCCUCUGCGCCGCCUUCCUUCAUGUCACUGCUGCUAUGCUGUCGUCGCCGGCGUACUGCCAUGCCAUACGCACAUGCAUGCGUACAAACCUGCCUGUGUCACUACACUUCAAAAUCAAGCAAAGCCCCUGGUGUUUUUGUUGUCUGCUUUUUUGGGAUUGUCCUCCCCCUCGCGAGACCACACCCUUGCCAGCUGCUGCGGCGGGGGGGGGGGG